UAUUACUGACAUCAACCUUUCAUAGAGAACUCUGCCAGACUCUCACUUGUUAAGGUAUUUUUCAUGUCAAUUUUUUUCUGCUAUGGUAAGCGUCUCUAGGUAGAUAGCAUUUCUGUUGCAUUUGGGAAAAGCUGGAUGAAAAGAAUCUAACAUGGACAGAGCGGGCAAAGAUAAGGCUAUUGGCAUUGAUCUCGGGACAACUUACAGCUGUGUGGGAGUGUGGCAGCAUGACAGAAUUGAAAUUAUUGCUAAUGACCAAGGAAACAGAACCACUCCCUCCAUGGUUGCUUUCACCCCUGACGAAAGACUUGUUGGAGAUGCUGCCAAAUUCCAGAUUUCAACUAAUCCUACCAACACUGUGUUUGACACCAAGAGACUCAUUGGAAGGAGAUAUACCGACCCCUUUGUGCAGUCUGACAAACAAUUGUGGCCAUUCACCAUCGUUCCUGGUAAGAAUGAUAAACCUAUGAUUGAAGUGACUUUUAAAGGUGAGAAAAGACUAUUUGCAGCUGAGGAAAUCUCGUCCAUGGUGUUGUUGAAAAUGAAGAUGACAGCUGAACAAUACCUCCAGUGUGAUGUAAAGAAUGCUGUGAUUACUGUGCCUGCUUAUUUUAAUGAUUCGCAGAAGCGAGCAACUAAAGAUGCCGGUAAGAUUGCAGGGCUUGAUGUCAUGCGGAUCAUCAAUGAACCCACGGCUGCAGCAUUAACUUAUGUCUUUGCUUCAUUGGAGGAAGGAAAAAGAAACAUUCUAGUUUUUGACCUUGGAGGAGGUACCUUUGACGUAUCUAUUGUUACAGUUGAAAGGGGUGAGGUUGAAGUAAAAGCUGUUGGAGGGGACAUGCAUUUGGGAGGCCAGGAUUUUGACAAUAAUAUGCUCAAUUAUUGUGUUCAGCUGUUCAACAAAAAAUAUAAAAUGGAUAUGAGUACUAGUCCCAAAGCUCUUCGGCGACUACGCUCAGAGUGCGAGAGAGCAAAAAGAAGUUUGUCUUCGGCAAUAGAGACUGUAAUUGACAUAGAUUGCCUCUAUGAAGGGCAAGAUUUCCACACAAACAUCAGGAGGGCAAAGUUUGAGGAGCUCAAUGCGGACCUUUUUGACAAAUGCAUGCAAUUAGUGGAGCAAUGCAUGGAAGACUCCAAACUGAACAAAGACCAAAUCCACGACAUUGUUUUAGUAGGAGGUUCUUCACGAAUACCCAAGGUCCAGGAAUUGCUAAGUCAAUACUUCAAGGGAAAGGAGCUCUGCAAAAGUGUAAAUCCAGACGAGGCAGUGGCUUACGGUGCAGCUUUGCAGGCAGCUGGGCUGAACAAGGAAAAUAUCAACUUAGUGUUGAUAGACGUGACUCCUUUGAGUCUUGGAAUUGAAGUCAACAAUGGUGUCAUGACAGUAGUAAUUCCUCGCAAUACUCCAAUUCCUACUUCGAAAGAGACAACUGCCACCACAGCGCGUGACAACCAGACAAGUGCAAAAAUUUCAAUUUAUGAAGGCGAGAGAUCUUUGGUUGCACACAACAAUUUACUGGGUGAAUUUGGCCUCGAUGAGAUUCCACCUGCCCGGUGUAUGGUGCCACAGAUACGAGUUUGCUUUCAAGUGGAUGUAGAGGGAAUUCUUAGGGUCUCUGCCAAGGACAUGGGAACAGGGUUAAACAAUCAGAUUACUGUUACAAAUGAGCGUGAGAGACUGAGCAAGGAGGAGAUAGAUAGAAUGGUGGCUGAUGCAGUGAUAUUCCGAAAAGAGGACGAAGAAGCAGCAAAGAAGCAUAUUGCUAAAAACAAUCUGGACUGUUUUGUUUGUAACAUGAAAAACAGGGUGACAGAGGCUAGGGAGAAAGGGACCAUGCAGAAAAGUCCUGCUAAAGGUAUCAUGCGGGCCUUGAAUAAUGCUAAGCGAUGGUUGGACGGUAAUGACUCCUCAGAAAUUCAUGAAUUACAAGCCAAAUUGAAUGAAUUGACGCUGAAAUGCAAACCCUUAACAUAAAUGGAAGUAUGUAGUCUAAAUAGUUAAGGUAUGUUAUUCUCAUGUUUCUAACUUUGGAAGACAUUGGCUUGGUAAGACACUGGCUGGGCAGAGCAAAGAUUAAAAAGAACAAAAAACACUAUGCAGAAAGCUACAGCUUUUCUCUUUAUUUUUUAUGAUAAAUUGAACACAGUUGCCUCUUUUAUAGAGGUCUCGGACAGCUUGAGAAGCUGCUAAAACUGUUUUAUCUACUUUUAUUAUUUUUAUGCAAAGAGGUCUUAGACAGCUUGAGAAGCUGCUAAAACUGUUUUAUCUA